CUACGUAUCCCUACUUUCUUGUUGGACUCUUAUUUUAUUGUUUUCCUUAUUAAACAAAAAAAAAAUAAUUAAUAAAAAUCAAGCAAAAAUACAUCAGUAGCAAACAAAGGUCCAAACGUGUAAACACAACGACAAAGCAACAGGAAAAAAUGAACGAUAACAACGAUUCAACGCUUCCAACAUCCUUGCGUGCUACAACAGACACUACAGAUAAUGUUGCAAUGGGAGCCGCUACUACCAAUCCUACCAAUAUGAUGAUCAACAGUUAUGGCAAAGAACAAAUGAAAAUGUCUGCCAGCAGUAAUGCAUUGAAACAAUCAUUAAAAUUGGAAAAUUUAGAAGAAUUUGAUAAACUACCCUAUGAAAUACAUCGUUAUUCGUCGUUUUCCACCAAUUAUGUGCCAGAAAAUAUACUUGUUGAUUGUCCCAGCGAUCAGUCGUCACGUUGGUCGGCUCACAACAAUAAUCCACCACAAUAUUUGACUCUGAAACUGCGUAGACCUGCCAUUGUUAAGAAGAUCAAAUUUGGUAAAUUUGAAAAGUCGCAUGUGUGUAAUAUUAAAAAGUUUCGUAUCUAUGGUGGUCUGGAUGAGGAGCACAUGAUACUCUUGCUGGAGGGAGGGCUGCGCAAUGACCAUAUACCCGAAACCUUUAAUUUACGUUGUGUUGCCAAGGAUGCUACUACAAGUCUGCCAAUUUUAUAUAUAAAAAUUGUACCUCUCCUGUCGUGGGGACCCACCUUUAACUAUAGCAUUUGGUAUAUUGAAUUAAUGGGUCAAGAUGAUCCAAUGUAUACAAGUGGUUGUUUAAAGGAUUACAAUAAGUUACGUGAAGUGGAAAUCAUACGCUUGUGUUUGAAACAUUUCCGCCAGCAAGGUUAUGAUACAGCUUUUAAAGCAUUGCAGGAUCAAACUCAUGUCCAAUUGGAACAUCCUUUAAUAAGCGAAUUACAUCAAUGUCUCGUUAUAAAUGGAGAUUUUGAAAAGGCUGAAAAAUUCAUUAGCGAUUGCAUUGAAGAGGGACUUAUGGAUGAUUAUUUAAAUCGUCAAGAUUAUAAGCAUGCAUGGCGUCUACAACAUGUCCAGGGUUUCGCCCAGCCAGGUAACCGCGGCGGCCAUCAACUGGUCAUGGAUGUGAAAAAACGUUUAAUAUACCUCUUUGGCGGUUGGGAUGGCUUUCAAGAUCUUAGCGAUUUAUGGGUAUUCGAUAUAAAGGAUAAUUACUGGACACAAAUAUUUGAGCAUUCCGAGCAAUUUAAUGGUCCGACACCACGUUCAUGCCAUAAAAUGGUAUUUGAUCCAGUCAGUGAGAACAUUUUUAUGUUGGGUCGUUAUUUGGACAACUCCAUACGGACAACCGAAUACAUUAAAAGCGAUUUCUAUCUGUAUGAUACACGUGCCAGAACAUGGUUACAAAUAUGUGAUGAUACAUGUCAGGUUGGUGGUCCUCAACUGAUGUACGACCAUCAGAUGUGUAUCGAUGUGGAAAAACGAACAAUUUAUGUAUUCGGUGGUAAGGUGUUGACACCGCGUAGUGUCAAUGCAUCGACCACAAGUGAACCCGAGUAUUCCGGCCUAUUUUCCUAUCAUAUUGCCACGAAUACAUGGACACAAAUUCUGGUGGAUUGUCAUCAUCCGACGGCAUCCCAGCCGGAUGUAUUGUCCAUUAAAUCCCGUAUUACCCACUGUAUGGUGUUUCAUAAUAAAAAACGUAAAUUAUAUAUUUAUGGUGGCCAGCGUGGCAAGGAGGAUAUUCAUGAUUUUAUAACAUAUAAAGUUGAUACCCAAACAUUGGAGAUUUUAAAUAGGCAUCCCAAUUCAAAUGGCCAAACUGGUUCGACUGGUAAUAAUAAUGGUAAUGGCAGCAGUGUGAGCAGUAAUAGUGGCUCGUCUGGUUCCAGUAAUCCGCCACAUUCUUCCGAUGGUAAAAAUGAACCCUCGCCUGGUUAUACUCUGAGAGCCACCAUCGACUGUGAACGCAAUGAAAUCUAUGUCUUCUCGAGUCUUAGCAAAAUCAAAGAUCGUCGCGAUAUUCAUCACGUUGAUGCUUCUAAUUCAUUUUGGGUCUAUUCAUUAGAUACUCAUCAAUGGUCGCGUAUUUAUACUAGCCGCUACAAUCCAUCUUCGCCUGAUAGUACAAAAUUUGAUAAUAGCCGUAAUAAUCUUAUGGAACCCUGUCCUCGUUAUGCCCAUCAAUUUGUCUAUGAUGACAUGGCCAAAUUACACUAUAUGUUUGGCGGUAAUCCGGGACGUUCAACAACACCACAGCUGAGAUUAGAUGAUUUUUGGAUAUUAGAAUUGGAAAAACCCAAACGUGAUGAAAUUUUAAAACAUUGUCGUUAUUUGGUACGUAAAUUACACUACGAAGAAAUGGCCAAGGCUGAUCCAUAUAAAGCAAUGCACUAUCUAAGACAUCAAAUUGCUGAAGUGAUUGAUCACAGUAAUCCGGAACAAUUGAGAAAUUUCCAUAGAUUGGCUUCAUUGCUUUUUAAAUGCGAUGAAGAUAUUAAAACAGAAGAAAGACCUUUAAACACACUGCCAUUGGGAGGAGCCACAACAUCCAUGGCGGCAUCGACAUCGGCGAAUGAAGACAAAUCGUUGACAGAAGCCGAAUGUAGCUCCGACAUGGCCUCAACUACGGAUGAUGAAGUUUGUGUCAAAUCCGAGGACAAUACUCAUGCGCCCGACGAUCUUUCCAUGGAGUCCUGUUCAAGUUCCACUACCUCAGGUAUUUCUGAUGCGGCUUCGUCAUAUUCAGCCUACCGUAAAUCGGGUGGUAAACGUUCUCGCCACAGUUAUAUUCAGGAACUACGGGCACGCCGAUCGUUCCUUUUCAAUAAACUUGUUCAAUUGAUGCCUUCAAAUAUGGUACAACCAGAACGUAAUCUUAGUGAUUUUGUAAUAAUCUAGUGAAAAUAAUGUCCUCCAACAACUUUGUGGGGAAGAAAACUUGAUGUUGAAAUGUAUUUUGUAAUGCCUUUGCUAAUCAACAAUUGUAAUUUCGUUCGUUUGUUUUGUUUGCUUUGUAGAACACAUAGAAAGAAAAAGACUUAAAUUUUGUUAACUUUUAGUUGUAAUUCAUUCUUUGUUUUUUAUGUUGUGUUAAAUGUUUAAUCUUUCUGUUUUUAUUCCUCAUGAAUUUAUGUAAGGGAUCCUAAAAUGAUUUAAAACUAUAAGAAUAUAUUGCCAUUAUUAUACAUUAGUUACAUUUUGUUUAUAAAUAUUAUUCCAUUAUUAUUUUAUUUUUAUAUACUUUAUUUUAUUGUCUUCAAACCCAAAUUGUUUGGUAUUGUGAUGAUUAUUCUAAAAGAAACAAAAACAAACCUGUGAGAAAAGUCAUUUUGUUUUUUGUAUUAUUUACUGUUUUUUGUGUGCGCCUUUUUUUAGAUAUUUUUAAGAAUAUUUUUAUUUCUCCUAUUUUUGUACUUCCGGCAGCUAUAGUGAGUGAGAAAGAAAAAUCAAAAACAAAAAGUUUCCAACGAAUUUUUGUAAAACUCAUAAAAAUUAUUAAAACUGAUGAAAAUGUAAAACAAUUUAGUCUUAAGUAGAAUUUUAAAUGAAUAAACUACAGUAAUUUUUCAUACUUUAAUAUUAAAA